GGCACUGAUAGGUGACACUGAUGAUGGGUACUGAUAGAUGGCACUGACUGGCGGCACUGACUGGCACAACCGCUGGGCACUGACUGGCAGCACUGGUGGGUGGGCACAGGUGGGUGGCACUGGUGGGCACAGGUGGGUGGCACUGGUGGGCACAGGUGGGUGGCACUGGGUGGGCACAGGUAGGUGGCACUUCUGGACACAGGUGUGUGACACUGCAGAGUGGCACAGGUGGGUGCACUGCUGGGCACAGGUGGGUGCACUGCUGGGCACAGGUGGGCAGAACUUGCGGGUGGCACUGCUGGGCACCGAUCAUCAGGGCACUGAUCAUCAGUGCCCUGAUGAUCGGUGCCGAUCCUCGCUCUGACAACUGCCGGUUCUCGGCAGUACUUUCCUCACGAUCUGACAGCGUGAGGAAAGUGCAGCCCAGAACCGGCACUUGCAUUUCCCUCUGAUCAGCG